AUGACCAAGCGCCGCGCGGUCAGCAAGAUGCUGACCAUGUCGGAUGGAUACUGGGGUUUCGUGCACAAGAAGCGCUUCUACCGAUGGUUGUACGCUUCACUGACGUUCUUUGCUAUCUUUGCCGUGGUCGUGGCCUUCUUCGACGUGGGCGCUGGCACGUCGCACGCUGCUAAGUUCGUGGCGAGCAAGUACACACAAGGCGAGCUGGACGAGAACCAGCGACUGCUGCAGUGGAUGUACGUCUUUUACCCGACGCCAUUUGUCUUUUCCUGGUUCCUCGUCUACUUUGCCAAGUUCCUCUUUUGCUGGAAGAUCAAGCGGUUGCGCAAGGCACGCAACUACAAGUACAACCUCAUGCUGGCGUCGCUCCUCGUUGCCGUGUUCUACGCUGUGCUCUUGAAAUCGGUGCUCAAGAUGACGCUCUACUCGGGUCCGAAGCUACGUAGUGCCGUCGUCAUUGGACUCUGUGAGCUUGGACUUGUGGGCAUUGAGGUGUUUGAUGAACGGAAGCUGCGCAAGGAGCGCCACGGACGAAAGAAGUUGCUCCGGGGUGAACAAUCAGCUGAGAGGCAGACGCGAGGGCAACAGGAGCAAAAGGCAGAUGGGUCGCAGGACUGGCCUCUCAUAGACGCUAGCAAUCCCGUGGGGAUGCUGUAG